AUGUCGAUACCCGACUUCUCCUUCAACGAGCAGCUGGUUCUGCCCUCGUUCGGUGCCGACGUCGACUUCUUGAACGACCCAGCGGUACCGUACGAGGAAAAGAAGUGGAUGUUCGACGUCCUCCUGAACGACGUCGUGCCGUACCGGUACCAUACCGAACCACGGGUGUUUCCCGAAAUCAACUUCUACAUCACGCUGUUGUAUAACAGAUCAAAUAGCAGCGAGAUUAUGGGGCUCGUUUGGAGGUUCCACGAGUUUAUCUCCAUGAUGGCGGCAAACCACCCAGCCGAGGCCGACCAAGUCAUCGCGGGCCUGCAGCUUCGUGCGAUGUCUUGUGGCUGGCCCGGGGCUCCUACGUCGUCGGCGGAGGCUCAGGAUGCUCAGCCAGCGGAGAAGGUUGUUGUGCAGCCGGAAAAAGCUCCCACGCCAGAGCGUUCUCCAGCGGCGUCACCGGUGGCUGCUCGCAAGGGGAGGAAGCCAAAGUCGCAGCUCGGCGGCUUGACCGACCACCAGCACCCUUUGCUCAAGGCAGAGCUCGCCGCCGUCCCGCAGCUGCAGUACAAGGGCGUGAUCCGCGACAUGGACCACUUCCUGGAGCUGGACGAGGCGUAUGAGCGGCACAUCAAGCGUGCCGCUGGCACCGCUCCCCACCAGGACCCCUCCUGGCCGCGGUCGGCAGAACAGCAGCGGGUAUACGUGCGGAAGCUUGUCAACUCCAUCACGGACUUGAAGAGCUUCUACGAGUUGCGCAAGGCUGAAGAGAGGCGCGCCAAGCUCGAAGGCGUCUCUCGAGCCCAAGGCCAGAACGGGGUCUCUGGACCAUCGUCGAGGAAGCGGAAAAGGGGUGACGGCGAACAGGAGGAGGACGCUGCCGAGGACUCGGCCCGACCGAAGGGCAUCAGCAAGACGGACUGGAUCCUCAUGGAUGAGAAGAGUACCCCUGCUGAGCGCCUCGAAGCCGUCAUUCACCAUUGCAUCUCGGAUGUGGAAAUCGAGCUGCUCAGUUGGCGGUUGCUGCGUGCUGCAACGGAGGCGCAGCAGGGCUUCACUAUGCGGCCCCUUUGGUCCGGAUCCAAGACGGUAGCAACGUGGGAGCACUUUAAUACCUUUGGGGAGAGAUGGCGCGCUAUCUGCGCGAAUGUUUUGGACUGCAAGAUCAUUGUCCAUUCUUUGACACGCGCGGACUGGGUGUGCAAGUACGCUGGCGCGCCAGCAAAGGAACGAGGAGGGAAGUUGAGCAACGACCUCCUCAACGGGCGCCGAGAUAUCCAGAACCAGGUUGGCCGAGAUGUCAUCAAGGAAAAGACCUCUCGCCAGGACUGGACGACGUCUGAAGACUUUGAGAUCCGCGACAAGAAUGGAGGAUUAGUCCUCAAGGGAGGUCACCUCGGUGAUAGGAAGCGCCGUCAGCUGGCAGUUCGGGGCCAGCAGUCGGGGAAUCCAUGA